AUGUCGGACGAGGUCUCGCAGUUCCUCGAGCAGGUCGAGCGCCUGCGCGGGCAGCAGAUUGAGGACGACGAGGUGCGCGCCCGCGAGCUGGAAGUGUUCCUCGCCGCCAAGCGGGAGCGUCAGGCCCGGAGAGAAGAACGCGCCAGGUCCAUCUCGCCGCAAAAGUCAUCGCCCGUCAACACCCCGUCCCCGCGACCGAACCGUCGGAGCAUCCACCCUUCGGAAUCGCUACGCCUCGAGUCUCCCUACACUGCGCGCGAGGAGUCCCCACGCGAGCGGUCGGUCGAGCCCGACGCCAGCGACAGGUCCAGCUCCAUGGUCACGUCGACCUCGCCAACCAAAGAAAACGAGGCACCCGCCGAUUCCCUCUCGUCAGACGCGAAAUCCAUCCGUGCCUCCCCCUCGACGACACCUCCGGCCAGGUCAGGAACGCUUUCUUGGCAGAGACGGCCCGCUUCCCGUGGCGGCCCUGGCAGCAGGCCGCUUAGCAUGGUCGCGGCCCAGAAUGCGACCCAAAGGUCGCUUGGUGCCGAGACGGCCCAGGAACCCGCCUCGGCCACCGAGCAGACCUUUUCCAAGGACCAGAUAGCACAGGCACUAGGUUCCAAAGACCCCGCCUGGUUCCGACAGACGGCCGACAGAGGCCUCAGCUCGGCCGCCUACAGACGCAACCAAGUCGAGGAUGAGGACCGCCUGGACAUGACCUCCGUCAAGGCUCAACUGCCGGGCAUGUCGGCAGAGAAGCCCAAGGACCGUCCGCCUUCUCGCUCAGACGCCAGUGGAAGGCUAGGCUCACCUGUUGCCUUGAACCCUCCCCGCCCUGAUGAACCGAUCGAAGAGAAGCCCAUCACCGAGCACACAAUUGUCUCUCCCUCAGGGCGUACAUCUCCACUGCGAUCCGCCUCGCCAACAAAGGGCAUGGGCGGUUUCGUCCAGAGCGCCAUGAUGAAGCGAAGCGACAGCGUCAAGAGAUGGAGCGUUACCAGCCCUCCGGGCCUGAAACGCGCCGACUCUGUCGCCAACCGAAGCGCUCUGGACAGAGGCACUUCGCAGGUGGGCUCGCGUCCGCAAAGCGCCAUCCGCGGCGGCUCGACUACUCCAGGCUCGAGCCGGCCGACUUCUCAACACGGCGAGAGAGAACCGGCAACGGAAUCGGCAUCCAAACCGAGCCACGACUUGUCCGUUGACACCACCCGGACCACGAAGCACGACGACGACGGCGCGGUCCCCACCAGCCCUUCCAAGACCAUGGACCCCAGGCGCUGGAGCCCAACCAAGUCGAGCUGGCUGGAAAGUGCUCUGAACCGACCAGAAACCCCCAAGUUGGCGCCCAAGCCGAACCAGUCUCAGCCGUCUUGGAUGGCCGAUCUCAACAAGUCCAAGACGGGACGAUCCACCCCCAAUACCGACACGGGCCGGCCCGCUUCACCCUCGCACAAGCAUCAGGUCAGCAUUGGUGGACUUAUGCGACAGUCACCCGUCGGCGAAGUCGCAAAGCCUAACACGACUGGCCUCGGUGGCAUAUACUCUCCGCCUCCUCAUGCCAAUCGACCGGCGUUUGGCCACAUGUCGAAACCGAGCGUCACUGAGAACAUACCAAAGCUGGAACCGGCGGAACCCAAAAUCGAACCUCAGAAGGAAGAGCGCAAGCAGGCAGUCAGGGCUGCGCCCGCCGACGAGCAACCCCCGACACCAGCUUCCGAGAAGCGGCCUUCUGUUGUCAGUCCACAUCCAACGAAGCCCAAGCCCGAGACGCCACCCAAGAAAGAUUUCCGGGCAUCCUUGAAGCAGCGGACGCUGCCGCAAGAGGCUCCAAAGGGCGACGAGGCAGAGUUCAAAAACGUCUUUGGCAACCUUCGCCGAACCAAAACACAAAACUAUGUUGCCCCCGACGUACUCAAGGAUAACAUUCUGCGGGGCAAGGCGGGCCUGAACCAGACAGAUGGGCCCAAGAAGAGCGAGCGGAAAGACGAGUUUAAAGAGGCAAUCUUGCAGAAGCGCGAGGGGUUCAAGAAGGCACAGGCCGAGGGCAAGGGCAUUACCAGGACCGCGCCCACCCCUGGAGAAAAGCCACUGCCGGAGGGGUUGGCCAAGCGUGCGGAGCUGGGCCGCUCCAUGACCGGAGCCAAGCAACCCACGUCGGACACUGCGCCCUCUAGGGAGCCUAAGAAGCUCGAUAGCCCGAAGCCUACCCCUGGUCCUAAACGGAUACCCAGCGGUCAGUCUACUUUUUCACCCAAGUCGUCAAAUACGGCUCCCCCUCCUACGAAAAGCCCGGCUCCCGAUAAGCCCCGUCGUGUCUCUACUGAGGUUUCCAAGCCUUCCUUGACAGAGACGCGAGCCCUGCCCGCGCUGCAAAAGGAGACAAGUGCGCCAUCAAGGCUGCAACAGGGCCGAGCUGGCGGGGCUAGCAAGCUGGCGGAUCGCUUCAACCCUGCUCUGGCAGGCAUGCUGGCCCGAGGACCUCCGCCGACAGGGACGAAUGGAGGCCAAGGGUCCGGCGAGCCUGGGUCCCAAAAGAGCACUGCUCCUGGAAACGGCACGGAACCGAGUGAGCCAGGACCCCAGCUAACGCAUAUGACGAAGAACCGUGCUCGAGGCCCUAGGAGGAAAGCCCCGACCGCAUCGUCCGCGGCGUCAGGUGCAUCCGCUCCUAAGCCGGCUGAACCCAUAAAGUGUGCAGAAACGGAACCGACCAAACCCAAAGAGCCUGAGCAGACUUCAUUCAAUAAGCAGAGCCCUGUCCACAGCGAGCCGGAGUCUGCCCCGAAAAAGCCAGCGCCCUUGUCCAUCCAGCAACAGGUUGCUGCCAAAGCAGCUGUGCGAGCCAAGCCAGCGCCGCUGAAGCCGGAAGCGAAACCUGCGGAUGAGAACAAAGCCCCCGUUUCUAGGGUGGCGGACCCAGUGCCAGAAGAAGCACCUCAGCCGUCAUCCCCACGGAAGCUGAAUAUGAAUCGCAUGUCCAUAUUCAUGGGCAGCGCGGCUUCGAACGAUGUCAAGCCAGAACCAAAAGAGCCCGCAAAGCUCAGCCAUCAGCGCACCGGGUCCCGAUCUCCUAUCAAGUUUUCGGAACGGCCCCAGGCUUCACCUUCACCCUCACCCACUAGGAGUGACCGCGACUCCUUGCCGUCCAUGAUGGAUGCGCCUCGAUCGCCGCGAUUUGGUGCUUCGGUGACCUCUCCUCCUCCGGCCUCAAAGCAGUCUUUUGAUAGAUCGCGAGCAGAGCCCGCCUCGCCGCGACCUAAGUCCAGGGGCGCGGUACGACCCCUGUCGGGCCUCGGUGAUGGCCUCAGGUCUCCAAAUUCGUUAGCCUCGCCCGCAAGGUCUCCCACCAAGCAAGCCAGUGAGGUGUCGACAUUACUCACUGAUUUCUUUGGCCCUGGUAGGCCAAAAGCCAAUGUCAAGGUCGAUCCUGCGGAAGUCCUCAUGAACCGCCCGUCUGGGGGUGCUAAGAUCACCAGCCAUGGCUUUCAGAUGUUCCAGAUCUUUGGAGACGGAAAGAAGCUCCCCGUGUCGGCCCAGAACGAGCGCGUAUUGUUCGAGCGAGAGAUGUAUGUCUGCGCACACAACUUUACCGACGCCGCGGGCAGGAAGCUAUUCGAAGUGUACUUCUGGGUCGGUGACGAAGUGCCCGAGGCAACAGCCGAGGACGCCUUGCUUUUCGUACAACGCGAAGCCAGGUCUUUGGGCGGAAAGGUGGUCAAGCUCCGCCAGGGCAAGGAGACUUCAGAAUUCAUCCAGGCCCUAGGAGGUGUCAUCAUCGUACGAAGGGGAUCCAGCAACAAGUACGAUUCGCUGGCGCCCAGCAUGCUCUGCGGUCGGCGUUAUCUCGGACAGGUUGCCUUCGACGAGGUCGACUUCACACCGGCGAGCCUGUGCGCCGGCUUCGUGUAUCUCAUCACGCAGGCCGGCAAGUGCUACGUAUGGAAGGGCAAGGGCAGCGACGUGGCCGAGGUGAGCUGCGCCCGCCUGGUCGGCAUGGACCUGGCCCUCACCGGCGAGCUUUUGGAGUACGAGGACAGCAGCGAACCGGCGGCGUUCUGGGCCAUAUUUGACGGCGAAGGCUCGAAGCCGCACUCGGCUGACCACUGGAGACUGAAGCCGAGCUACGACAAGUACUGCAGCAGACUAUUCUGCUCGGAUGCAGACUCGCGGCAGCAGGUCUUCGAGAUCAGUCCGUUUGGACAGGCGGACCUCUCGCCGUUUAGCAUCUACGUCCUCGACGCCUUCUUUGAGAUGUACAUUGUGGUCGGCGCCCGGGCCAACUCGCAGUACACAUCGUUCCGCAACGCGCUCGACUUUGCGCAAGAGUACGCCAUCCUGGCGGCCGGCAUGGAGGACCGCCCCUUCGUGCCUGUGUCGACGGUCGUGCUCGAGGGCAUCCCGCGCGACCUCAAGCGCGUGUUCCGCAAGUGGGACGACGCCCACAGCCCGACGGUGACGAACCAGCCGGCGGCCGGGCAGGGGCUCAAGCGCGGGCGCAGCCUCAGGGUCGUGACGCUGAACCAGGCGCUCCAGGCACUGAGCGAGUGA